ACUUGUCAGAAAUAAAGAAUAACUUCUACUUCAGGGUUAACGUCUGAAAUCUGUAAAUAAGCAAGCAUGGUUGAAACUGAAGUUUCAGAAAAGAUCAUUCCUGUUAAAGGAAAACCGAAGUCUGGAAGAGUUUGGAAAACUGAAAAAAACAGAUUUUCAAAUAUGUGCCAAGUUAAACCUCUUAAAACAUCUUGGGAAAAAAAGCUAAAGCUCCGUCAAGAACGAGAAACCAUGUUGCGGCAUGCUGCUGAAAUAAGAGAAGAGAAAGAAAGAGAAAAACAAAUGCGCAAGGAAAAAAGAAGAGAAAAAAUAGAGAGGAAGCGUGAAAAUGAGAGAAAGAGUGAAGUUGUACAAGUUAUUCGAAAUUCUGCUAAAAUAAAAAGGAUGUCCAAGAAACAGUUGAGGAAGAUAGAGAAACGUGAUACAAAUCUCACGCCAACAUGAUUUUGUAAUUAUACUAGAAAUGUUGAUUAUUAAAUAUAUUGUUUUACUUC